AUGAACGUGGUACCAGACAAUACCCACCAUGACUUUGUGAGCAGCACAAAGUUUGGUCAAGUUGCCGAGCACGCUCCAGCUUUGCAGGAUGUUCUUCGUGGCCAAGAAGGACCCGUGAGCGUUGCAUCUAAGCUCAACAAUCGUCAUCCGUUGGAAACUCGAAUUCAAAACUGGGAAAAAACUCAACAUGAAACUCGGUUGGAGACAUAUAGGCGCGUAUUUGGUGCUGGAGAGCCCAUCCGGAGAACCAUGGAACUUGAAAUUGUGGAGAAUUCUGAUUACAAGCCACUGAUUCUCGGAGGAAGUGAUUCCAUGUCACGGGAUAUUUUGAUGGCCAAGGACGCUUCCUUGGACUGGGAGGACGUGUUCAAGGGCGAGUCGGUGGUGGAUAUGCACAGCGAGAUCGAAAGGAAGUUGAAGUAG